UUUGUAUUGGGCAAUACCAACCCACACUAAUAAAUGAGAACGUGUUCACAGAAAAGUGUAUACACUAUAUAUAGAAAGAUCGACAAGCUCACCGUACAGUUAUUGUAACGCUGUUACAGUUUUGUCGGUGAUAGUCCCCAUAGGGAACUGCUGCCGUCUUGCCAGGAACAAUGAUGGCAGCCGUACGCACAGUGCUGACAUUAGUGUCCGGACGUGACGCAGAGUGAGGGCGGAAGUGUGGUUUCAUGCCCUUGGAGCGCAUGCUGUUGCUAGUGGUGAGACAUGGCCGAGGAGUACCAGAGCCGCCUGCAGAAUGCAGUGGAUUCCAUGGUGAAAAACCUGGAGAGAGAGAACAUAAGGAAAAUGCAGGGGAAGAUGUUCCGAUGUAGUGCACAAUGCUGUGAACAAGAGGGAUCCUCUAUGCAGCAAGUGCACAACUGUAUAGAGCGAUGCCACACUCCUCUUGCACAAGCACAAAGCUUGGUCACCAGUGAGCUGGAGAGGUUUCAGGAUCGCCUGGGCCGCUGCACCAUGCACUGUAAUGACAAAGCCAAGGACUCACUCGAUUCUGGAAACAAAGAAGCACAAGCGAGGGCUCAGCUAGAGAGCUGUGUGAUCAAAUGUGCUGAAGACCACAUGAGCCUAAUCCCCGGCAUGACUAGGAAACUGAAGGAUGCGUUAGUUGAGGCCGAUAAGAAGACCUCCUAAGGAUCUGAAAAUGUGACCUUGCUACAGCCGUGUUGCCCAUCCUCCAUUCUAAAGCUGGCACUGGCGCCCAGCAUUGCCCCAGCAGAGGAUUUCAGAUUAAUUUGUUUGGAAUUAAAUCUUUGAAGAUAUAGGAGCGCAAUGUCUACCCCUCAGUGUAGAACCCAUCAGUGAUGUUCUUCAUGGUUCACCAAUGGAAUCCAGUCUACUAUCAUCUAUUUAUAUUAAAGUCUUUUUACCACACUGAAGUCCAGGGAUGUGCGGUGAGGUAAAUUUCUCAGGAGGCACUGGCUAGUGCCAGAGCCAUAUUAACACACAAUAUAUGAGACCAAGGGUGCAUGUGGGCAUUAUACACAGGUGCUGCAGUAUAUACUGCUGGAAAUUUGGUAACGUUUGAUCAGAGAUGUGCGGAAAAGAUAGGCAGGGGUGGCACUGCCUCACCUGCCAUAGACUUUAUACUCCGGAGUUUUGACUAUAAAAAUUAUUAGAAUAAUGCAAAGAUGAAAUUUCUAAUAUAUUAUUUGUAUUUUUAAUAUUUUUUAAUAGUGAAAACUCUGGCAUGUACGUAAGUAUGACAGGAAAGGCUCUGCCUCACCUCACCGCACGUCACUGCUGAAGUCAUUGGUGAUCAUUCCAGAAUAGCUGACUCCAUGUUGUAUUAGACAUAGAAUUGAAGAUAAUGUCCUGGGAUUUUGAGACGGAGGUGACAUUUUAGUUAGAUUCACCUUUUAUAAAGGCUAACAGAGUAGUCUGUCAUCUGAGAGCCCAAUGUGCAAACGUAUUAAGCCUUAUUAAUUCAUUAUUAAGUUUAGAGGUCAGGAAGUCCUAUGAGAUGUGCAAAACAUAAAAGAAAGUACCACAAUUCUGUGAAAACUAAAAAAGAAAACCCUCUUUCUAUGGAGAAUAAAUGGUGAAUGUUUCUGUA